AUGGCAGUCGAGCCUGCUGCCCCUUCUGCAUUUCCGGUCCCUCCCGCUGAACUCUCCAAAAUUGCGACUGAGGCAUGCGAUGCCGCGCUCAAAACGUCAGAAGGCUACGACCAUCUUGCAGUCAGCUCGUGGAAUUCCGCCAUCAUUAACUCCGUUCUAAAAGGCCUCAUUGCUGCUACCACGCCAGACCAAAAAUCUCCUCCCCCAUACCGCUUCACCGUCAACAGCACCAUCGUGCAGCAAGGCGUAAUCGACAAAGCCGCCGCCGGCGGAUCCGACGAUGUCGGCAAGCGCGGCAUGCACUCUGCCUCCGGCGCCUUCUGGGACGUGAACCGCGACGGCAUGUGGACGUUCAAGUACCCAGGCGCGGAGGAGCGUGGCUUGGACGUCGUCGUCAGCGUGACCUGGUUUGCCAUGAGUUGA